AUUCGACCACGUGAGACUCGUCCAGACAGAGGCAUUCAUUCGUUGUACACAUAACGUUACAGCAAGAAGCAACAUGGACGGAUUCGACGACCCCGGUAUCUUCUUCAGCGACAACUUUGGCGGCGACGAGGGUCAGGAUGAGAAUUACAUCCAUAACACCCAAACCAAGAAGAGGUUCAAGGAUUUCUUGAGGGAAUUCCACGAAGGAAUGGACUACAAAUACCGAGAUGAGCUGAGGCGUCAUUACAACUUGGGCCAGUAUUACAUCGAGGUGGACGUCGGGGACUUGGCCAAUUUUGACGAAGAACUUGCAGACAAGCUGCGCAAGACACCAUCAGAACUUCUACCUCUGCUGGAGGAAGCGGCAACAGAGGUUGCAGAUGAGGUGACGCGGCCGCGGCCGGAGGGAGAGUCGGAGGUGCAGGACGUCCAGGUCAUGCUGAUGGACGACUCCAACCCCGCCACCAUCAGGGACCUCAAGUCGGAUCAGAUGGCAAGGCUGGUGAAAAUCCCGGGGAUCAUGAUCGCUGCCUCAACGAUCCGUGCCAAGGCCACCAGGAUCACCAUCCAGUGUCGAAGCUGUCGCACUUUCGUCCCCAACAUUGCGGUGAAGCCUGGCCUAGAGGGGUACCAGCUACCCCGCAAGUGUAACACGGACCAAGCAGGGCGGCCGAAGUGUCCCGUGGAUCCGUUCUUCAUCGUGCCAGAGAAGUGCAAGUGCGUGGACUUCCAGACUCUGAAGCUUCAGGAGGCUCCUGAGGCCGUGCCAAACGGGGAGAUGCCGCGCCACCUGCAGCUGUACUGCGACAGGUACCUGUGUGACAGGGUGGUUCCAGGGAACAGAGUCACCAUCAUGGGGAUCUACGCCAUUAAGAAGUCAGCAGCAGUCGGCAAGAGAGGUACCCGUGACAAGGUGGCAGUUGGCAUCCGUAACCCGUACCUGCGUGUGGUGGGGAUCCGUGUGGACAUGUCGGGCCCGGGGAGGAGCAGCGCAGGGGCCGUCACGCCCAUGGAGGAGGAGGAGUUCCGCCGACUCAGCGCUAAACCAGACAUACAUGAGAUCAUCGCCAAGAGCAUCGCUCCUUCCAUCUAUGGGAGCCUCGACAUCAAGAAGGCCAUCUCGUGUCUUUUGUUUGGAGGAUCCAGGAAGAGGCUGCCUGAUGGCCUGACCAGGAGAGGUGACAUCAACGUGCUUCUCCUGGGAGACCCUGGCACCGCCAAGAGUCAGCUCCUCAAGUUUGUGGAGAACGUAUCGCCCAUUGGGGUAUACACAUCAGGGAAGGGCAGCAGCGCAGCAGGUCUCACCGCAUCAGUCAUGAGGGAUGCUGCCACUCGGAACUUUGUAAUGGAGGGUGGAGCCAUGGUGUUAGCUGAUGGAGGGGUGGUCUGUAUUGAUGAAUUUGACAAGAUGAGGGAGGAUGACCGGGUUGCCAUCCAUGAAGCCAUGGAGCAGCAGACAAUUUCCAUUGCCAAGGCUGGCAUCACUACUACACUGAAUUCCCGCUGUGCCGUCCUGGCUGCAGCAAACUCUGUCUUUGGCCGCUGGGACGAUACCAAAGGAGAGGAAAAAAGCAAGUGUGGGCCACGUCUGUCGAAGGAAGCUGCGGAGAAGCUGAAGAACCGCUAUGUGCUGAUGCGGAAUGGAGCUCGAGAUCAUGAGCGCGAGUCUGAGAAGAGGAAUGCCAUCCCCAUCACUGUCAGGCAACUUGAGGCCAUCAUUCGCAUCUCGGAGGCGCAGGCCAAGAUGCAGCUGUCACCGUUUGCGACCGAGGCUCACGUGGACGAGGCGCUGCGCCUGUUCCAGGUCUCCACCCUGGACGCUGCCAUGUCAGGCGACCUGUCUGGCACGGAGGGAUUCACCACUGCAGAGGACAUGGAGGAGCUGGGGCGCAUCGAGAAGCAGCUGAAGCGGAGGUUUGCCAUUGGCUCACAGGUGUCUGAGCAUGCCAUCGUCCAGGACUUCACCAGACAGAAAUACGCUGAGCGUGCGGUGCACAAGGUGCUGUCUCUGAUGGUUCGUCGGGGAGAGAUUCAGUAUCGCAUGCAGAGGAAGAUGCUGUACCGGAUCAAGUAACUGCUGAAGCUAACAUCGUCCAUCCAUUUUUGUAAGCACCAAAAUCCAACCCCCCAGUUAUCCCGUGGAAUAUUGUGAAAUCCUAUCACAUCUAUCAGAGUAUCGUACAGUCGGGUAGAUACAGACCCCAUGUGGUCCAGAGCCAGAAAGAUGUAGCUGCUUUGGACAUUCCUAAGAGUCAUGGCACCAGAGCGCAAGCAACCAGCCAUUGCCUUCAUUGUUUGUUUACACAGUUCGAACACCGACAAAGUGAUAGUUCCAAAGCUCCAUCCUAUACGUCCCAUUUGAACGGUAGUUGCACACACUGUGAAGGCCAGGCAGAUCCAAGGGUAUGUCUAUGCCGCAGCAACAGUCCUGUGAAGCUGAGCAAGGCCAUUGCCCUGUCACUCGAGUCUCUGUAUCAUCCACCGUGUGCCCUCAAGUAACGCCAAGCGAUGACCGCCAGAUACAGGACAAUUCUAAUUUGUUGACUGUCAACAUUGGACAGACUCACCAUCAAAGAAAGCGGUGGCUCUCGUCUUUAUCUAAUACCGAUUUUCUCAGACAGCGUUGCUCCCCCGCAGACUCACUAUCCAUGCAAAUCCAGGUCCCCUGCAGGGGAGCCCAGCUGAGAGCAUUCCCUUGAUGUUCCCUAUUCCAAGAAAGAGAUCCCUCGCUUCACACACUGUUGCUUUGGCUUAGCGUGCUUCUGCUUUUGUUCCCCUUUCUCUAUCAAAUUUCUUAGGAGGCGAACUUUUCUACAAUGAAGCUAUUUAGCGUGAAAGAGGAUUGUGUCAGAAUUGUGAUCUAUUAUCGUUCGGAAAACUUAGGAGAACAUUUUAUACUAGAGCUAACCUUUGAUUCAAGUUAUAGAGAUGUAUAUAACGCUGACAAGCAGAGAAAGGGUCUCUGUUUUUCCAGUCACGACUGUGCAUAUUGGGUAGCUUUUUAUGUGUCAGUCAUGCUACACAGUGGGGUGGGGAGAUAGCUGUGUUUCUGUGUGUUAAGAAAACAGGGACACAGAGGAGUAUUAUUUAAGCAACUACUUGUGGAUGCCAUAAUCUGCCCUCUGGAAACACAUCCUAACAUUAAGAGUGUUAUUAUGCUUGUUGAUCUAUUAGCUUCCUGAAUGACUUGCUUUCUUUUCCGAUCUGCGGCAGGCUCUGCUCACUUGAUAAAUCGAUGAGCACACAAAGCUAGUGUUGUUUGCGUGGAAGGGGAGAAGGCUUUAAUUUCGGUGACAGGUCAGGGGUCGGGUUGCACCAUUAUUGCGUGAACACGGUGACAUCUUGUCUAUUGUGUACCCCUGGAGGUACGUAUGUAAUAGAACUACCCGCCAACUCUCCCGUCGCCGUAUCCAUUCUGUUGUCUUUGCUGUUUUCUUGUGUAUUAAUGACGAUAUAAUAAAAAUAUACUGUGCAUUGUAGAACGGGCUGUGUUGUUUAUUU